AUGGCCAUGAUAGAACAUGAGGUCUUGACUGGGUUUCAUGAGAUCUUCUGGGACAGGGAGAAUAUUACUCCCGCUGAUCGCACCCUCAUAGCUGUGCCGAGGUCCGAUCUUCUGGAUCCCUAUUCCAGGGCUAAUGUAGCAUUCAAAGGAACACUCCCCAAACCCUCUAUCCCUCAGAACGAGAACCAAAUAUCCAUGUCCAGUGAAAAUGCUGCUACAAUGCUCACUGCUCAUCUGAGUGUGGACUACCUCGAUCUGAAGACCCUCAUCAGACUAGUUCAGAAAUCUUACUCUACCAACUUUGACCAGUCCGCUUCCAUAGAUGCAGCUAUAUAUGCCAGCAACAUAAGAGGUGGAUUUCAGGUGUCUUCGCCAAGUCGAACCGAAGAAGAAGUUGAGUCGGAAACAAUGCCAGAAGAACAAAGGAUAAACUUGAACCCCAUUACUGCACCAAGACUCAAUUACUUGACAAUCCCGAGCGAGGGUGUAAUUAAUCUACAUGCAACCCUCGCUAGCACAAAUGGCAGUAAUUUCAGAACAACCGGCCAUAGCAAGAUUGAUCAAAGGUCUCCAACUAUGGGCGCAACAUGGCUCACUGCCCCAAGACAAGAAUCAUGGGAAUUGCUAGUAGACUUUGCUCAAAUGACUACAGGGAACGAGGAUAAGCAGAUGACGAUCGCUGAAUUGAGGUUCAAAGAUAAUGAAACCCAGACCCCCUUUUCAAACCUAAUUAAAGUGUCCAAUGAGCCAGAUAGUGCUCAAAGUGAGCUCGAGGGGUCAUUUAAGUUUAGUGUCAUGUUCCAGGAGGAGGGGGAGGCCAAGGACUUAUCCUUCCUUACUGCCAUGUCAACCGGAUUAACCUUUGGACUCUUCAAGUUCACUGUGAACAAUAUUAUUCUGAUCCCUCUAAGCAUGGCUAACCAAGACCUUAUUGAGUACGAAGUCCGUACAAAGAUUCUGACAAGACACAACAAUAUGAGUGUCUCUUAUAAAGUUAAACAUGACCUACUACUAGAACCCCCACAAGUAGCGGCGACUGUUGAUCAAGCUUUACGAGUCCUAGCAGGAUCCGUUUGGGACUACUGGACUACAUCUUCGCGACUGUCAGCUUCCUUUUUACUCGGGAAGGAGAUGACAGGGGUACUUGUCGCAGGGAUCCAAUUAGUGGAAUUGACAACCUCGAUUGACGACAUGAAGGCCAUAACUCUUAGAGGUGACAAGGACAAGCUGAGGGUGCCCGCUGCAUGCAGAACGUGCAUAACAAGCCUUAAGACAUGGAUCAGCUAUACCCAUCCGCUGAAGGACAAUCAACCAUGCACUGUGCAUGCUGUGGAAGUAGUUCCAAUGAAGACUGGGGCUGGUCGGAAAGACUGUUCAUCAGGCGAAGAAGCCGAUAGUGAGAAGAAGCAAAACAACUUGAGACCCAGCCCCAUACUACUACUCGGAAGUGACCACGUACCCUUAGACUCAAGAGAAGAGAUGGCUGACACACUGCUCCCAGUGAUGCCAGUGGAGACUGUAGCUUCCACUCCUACUUUUGGGAGAGAUCAAUUAUAUGAGCAAUUCGUGAAGGAAACACCUUUGCCACCGGAAUGCUCAAGGGAGAAACUCGCUGCUGCAAAGCACGAAAUGCCCACUGCGAGUUCGUGCGAGGUCACUAUUCAAGUCCCAUCAUUACCUGACUAUCUUGAAGAAAUGAAGAAAAGGGGUCAUGAUGAAAGGUGGACUAAGGAAUUUGAGUCAAAUAACAUUCCAAAGACUUUCAAACCUUCCUUAUCAAGGAUAAGGAACCGAUUACCGGACAUUGAAACUGCAUGCGCUAUGGAGUGUGGUGAAAUGUUGCUAGGUUGGCCCGUAGGGCGCGCAAUACCUGCAGCCUCUACCCGAAACACCCUUAAAGGACCUGUUAGCGGAACGUCUUCUGUGACAUUAACUUUCAUUCACAAGAGAAUUAAACUGCCCAAAGUUGGUAAGGAGAAACUCAGGAGAGUAACGACCUGGGAGGAUGCCUCUAGUUGCUCCUACCACAUGCAAGACACAACAGAUCACGCGAUACUUGAUGGUCGAGAUAAUGGGAUAGUAAAGAAUACCAUCAUAGCCGAGGCUAGCCCUCUCCUGCAAUGUGUAAGGGCAGCCGAAAUGAUUGAAUUCCUACAUGACCUCUGUCUCGUGAAAGCCAACAACUUAACUCUAAAUGGAGGACAUCUCAAUGAGAUAGUUGCUUCCACCAGUGCAUUAAAUUCGGUUAUGCUGGUGUCAGUUCAAGUUCAAGGCUCAAUGAUCGCAAAGAAUCAGAUGGUAAAUGUUCUGGAGCGUGAUCACGAUUUCAAGAAUGAUCAUGGUGAAUCACGAGAAUCUAAGUCAUUGGUGGCUUUGAAAGAUUGGUUAAACAGUGUCAGCAAUGAGACACCCCUACCUCUUGAGCCCGGAAUUCCUGAGGAGUAUCGAGAACAGUUGACCGAGAAACUGCGCAGAAAUGCUGCAACUUUCGUAGUUAACUGUUACAUAGGGCUCUUAGAAGCACGAACCCGUAUGCCGCUGCUUUUUGAACCAAACUCUGAAUCAAGGUACGGCUCCUCAUCCAUGAAGGGAGAAGUUGUCCCUCAACUAGACAAGACUCGGAUAAAGACUGGAGUAAUCAAACCAUCCAUCAACCCAAGAGGAUUCUGA